CCUUUUGGUGAAAAUAUUCUUUAAAGAUGGCGACUUCCACGUUUAAUGUUUGACUUACUUGAACUUACAUUCUCGAAUGUAUCUCCACUCAGCCUGAGCUCCGAAGUAGAGAGUCGAACAUACUACUAAAAAUAUGGUUUCUGAAUUGAAAUCACGAAAAUUGAAAUCUGCGGACUCUGAACUUGUGAAUUCUGACGGUAAAAACCGUUAUGACUUGGAAUCCAAUCCGGUCAUCAAUUUUGUUCAUCUCCUGCUCGAGUUGGACAAGACGAUUACUCUGAAGUGUAGCAUAUGUGCUUCUUCCGACUCUAGCCGUACCAUUGGUUACCUCAGAUGCUUCUUCCAAUUUCUAGAGAUAUCUGGCCAUGGCGUGCCUUGGAUUUCCAUUCCUUUGGCACUUAUGUGCUACUCUGACGACCAAUGGCUGAACGAGCUUUUGCUGAAUUUGUUGGCAGGUAUUUUCUUAGAUCUUUUAGUCAGCUUCAUUCUGAAAGCAGCUGUCAGACGACCCCGGCCCCCAGUCAACCAGAACGACAUGUUCUUCGCAGUUUCAGUGGACAACAAGUUCUCCUUUCCUUCUGGGCACUGUACGCGUGUGGGCAUGUUGGCGUACUUCUUCAUUGCAAACCUGAACCUUACCAUGUUCCAAAUGGCUUUGUACUUGCUCUGGACAAUUGGGAUAGCUGCUUCAAGACUUUGCUUAGGACGCCAUUACAUCAGUGAUGUCACUUGUGGGAUCCUGAUAGGUCUUUUACAAGGAAUGUUCAUUCAGUAUUCUUGGAUUCCGCUUGACAAUUUGUAUUAUUUGAAGACCUAUAUUACUUAACGGUGGCAUUGAAUUUCAUAACAUAAUAUGCUGCUACCAGGCAUUGUAUUAGUAGCACAGUAUAAAGGUAUCAGUUAUUAAGCUUUUCACUAAAUUAAUGCCAUUUCAGAUACAAUGUAUCUUGCAUUAUAUGUACUUAAUGGACCUGUCUAGCUAUAUGUGCAUGUACAACAACGUAACCUUAUUGGAGAAAAAAGCUCUCUAUUCAGCUAGCUGAAAAUAAAAUCUUGAAUAUAACCAGAGGGAGAUAAGUGUACCGUGACAUGACGUAGUUGGUUUCUUGGAUGUUUAUGACAUGCUUUGAACAUCUGUCCAUUCCUCCAGUUCCCAAUUUUAUCAAACAGAUUAACAGAAUGUUGGUGCAUGGUCAUAUUGUCUGUAAUGUUUUUAUCUUUUAGGUAAGAUUUGUUAGGGCGCUGAGGCUGGCCUGAAAUAAAUGCAUGGGAAAUGAGUGUCAAUUGUUCCAUGUUAUAUCUUGCACAAAAUUUGAUGCUUACUUUUUUGCAUAAUAGUAAGCGCGCCUAAAAUUUAAAUAAUGCGCGUAAUUUUAUCCUCCAGAGACUCUUAUGUUCAUUUCUAGAUGGAUGUGGAACAUCUUGAAAAAGUGUAUUAUAUUUUAUCAGAAUAGUUACGGUUUAAGACAAUUUUUGCACGUGUGUUGACAGACAUUGAAGUAUACCAAGUGAUGAAUGACUGACUGCUCUCUGAAUUAAAUGCACCAUCUGUAUUCAGAUGUAAUUCAUAUCAGUGAUGUCCCACAUGCUUCACAGACGUUAACCUAGACAGAUAAUGACUCGGACGGAAUAAUUUCGUGUGGAAUUUGCCUGCUUUUAAUGUUGGCAUUUAGUUGAAUCACGUGUACUUGUGAUGUCCGAUUUUUCCAGUCGAGCCAGAGAGAAUCAACUUGUGCCGAGAAAAGAUGUAAAUAUUUGUGAGUGUUAAUUGCCAUGUGUGUGCUAGUAAGUGACAUGUUACUGCUCUGUCAUUAUGCUUUUCGUGAAACCUCAUUAAAAUUGAUUUCAAGCAGCAGA